AUGGCUAUUAACGGCGUAGGAGAUGUUAUCGCAUUAGUUCAGAUCACCACACAGGUUGCAAGAACACUACAUGGUGCUAAACAUGCCCCGAGCGAGAUCAGACGCUUUCUCGAAGAGAUAGAUCGAUACCAGUCAUGUGUGGGAUCGGCUGCAAGCAGGCUUCGUCGGCAUGGUGCGAUCCUCAAAGCUCAUACCGACAUAAAGAGCAACAUCCAGGCAAUCCUCGAACAAUGCGCGGAGACAACCAACAAGUUGAAAAAUAUCGCGACAAAGUACGAGCAUAUCGUGAAAAAGAAAGGGACUCCCCCUGGAACCGAUGCGGCCUGGCAGCAGUGGAUCGAAGCCUUCAAGACCGUUUACCAGACGAUUGAAUGGACCACAAAAGCCGUUGUGGUCGACAAGCUCCGAUCAGAGCUGUCGCGGAACAUCCAGAUGCUAACCUGGCUGGAAGGCGGACUGGUAUCUGAACAAAUUGACCAACUAUCUGUCCAAAUGAGCAACAUGCGGGAUAUGCUCGCCUUUGCUAUGUCAAGCUCAUCUCCAACCCCUCUGCCUAGCUCCUUUAGCCCAUCACCCACUCCGACAUCGCCGUCGCUCACAAUAAGGGGAUCUGGGAGUCACGUUAACUCUCCAGAACUUUCAUCAAACGCGCAAACUCAGCCCAUGGCUCCGUUACGGCUGCCAGCUUCGACAUUCGACAAUGACGAGAUGGACUUCGGCCAAGAUAUCGAUGACCAAUUGCAACUGCCAGACAGCUUUGUAGGGGUCACGCCCGGGGACCAGUAUCGCCAUGUCAAGCUCGCGUCUAGCAAAGAACAAAAAGAAUUUGUCGAACAGCUUACUGCUGAUGCUAACUUUGCUGAAAUACGAGUUGAGUCAGUCCACUUCGUCUGGCAAAAGCCCGGGGCCUUAGAUGGAGUUUCGAUAGAGGCCAGUGACUCGGGAAGGGUGUUGCUCAUAAGGAACGGCGCAGCUGUGGAGGAUAUUUGGACCUUGAAUGACAAGAGAACCAUACGCUUCAGGCAACGAGUGCCCACUUGGGAAUACAUUAUUCCCUAUUCGAUCAACGGCGAUGAACUCACUGCUGUGGUAGAGCAAGGGGAAGGUUUGACCUUCUUCACAAUCGAAGGCGGCCAACGGAGGGACCAUCCGAGAAUUCCCACAACUUGGGUCCAGUACAAAUUCAAUAGUAUCCCUGACUGUGAAGAGUUUCAAAAGCUAGUCUACGGCUCCAAUCUUCGACUGCUUGUGCCUGUGACUGAGAUUUGUCGUCCUCACAGAGGCAGGGAUGAUGAUCGCCUAGUCGGCCUGGAGAACGUGAGGGUCUGGGACAUGGGAUCCGAGUUGCGGUUUAUGGUGCAUUUGAUUCAGGAGAGGGGGAAGCGGCGGAAGAAGUACAUGGAAUUCAACCUGUGUCAAGACACCAUCAAGAUUGAGAGCAAAGGGACGGGACGGAAGUCAACUCUUUUGUUGACUGGCAUACAUGCACAAAUCGACGAGACCGAAUCUGGAAAACGAAGAGGAUCCAUGUCGACCACGAACUCGGAUGCGACGCUUGUGUCGGCUAAAUCGCUGGCAAGACGGUUCUCCUGGGAUCGAAGUCUUCCGUACCUGGACAAGGCGGAAAUUUAUUUUAAGCAUGAAGAAGGUGAGGCAUUCGCGGCGCUCCUGUCAUCAACCAGUACGCUGACUAUCGCGUCGCGCAGACCGAAAUAG